AUGUCCUCAUCUCCAAACAACGCUUAUGUUCUCGGUGUCGGUCUGACCGAGUUUAUCAAACCGCGUCGUCUCCGCCCUUACACUGAACUAGGUUUUGAAGCAGGUUGCAAAGCCCUCCUCGAUGCCCAUAUCACCUACGAUGACGUCCAGACCGGUGUCGCCUGCUAUUGCUAUGGCGACACUACCUCCGGCCAACGCGUCUUCUAUCAAUUCGGCAUGACCAACAUCCCCAUCUACAACACCAACAACGCCUGCGCCACAGGCAGUACAGGUCUGCAGCUUGCUCGGACUCUGGUCAGAGGUGGCAUCGUUGAUGUUGUCAUGGUCAUUGGCUUUGAGACUAUGCAGCCCGGAAGCAUCAAGAGCGUCUGGCAUGAUCGACCUAGUCCCAUGGGGUUGAGCACCAGGCUAAUGGAGGAGACGAGGGGCAAGUUCGACACUCCCCGGAACGCACAAUUCUUUGGUAAUGCCGGCAGGGAGUACAUGGAGAAAUACGGCGCCGAGGCACGAGACUUUGCGGAAAUCGCACGCAUCUCGCACGAACAUUCCUCCCGCAACCCCUACGCACAAUUCAAAACAGUUUACUCCCUCGAGGAAAUCGAGACGUCACCCAUGAUCCACUUUCCCCUGACCAAACUUCAAUGCAGUCCGACAUCCGACGGCGCGGGCGCCGCCAUCAUCGUGUCCGACCGCUUCCUCGCUUCACGCCCUGAACUCAAAUCCCACGCGAUCCUCAUGGCCGGUCAAGCACUGAUGACCGACGCCCCCGCCCUCUACAGCCGCAGCGCCAUGGACCUCGUGGGUUUUGACAUGACGAAACGCGCCGCCAAAGCCGCGCUCGCCGAGGCCGGUGUCUCCCCUCGCGACAUCAAAGUCUGUGAGCUCCACGACUGCUUCUCGGCCAACGAACUUAUUUUGCUUGAGGGUCUGGGUUUCUGCGACCCAGGCAAAGCCCACCUCAUGGUGCGCAACGGGGACAUCACAUACGGCGGCAAGGGUCCUGUCGUCAACCCGUCCGGUGGCCUGAUUUCAAAGGGCCACCCGCUCGGCGCGACGGGACUGGCGCAGUGCGCUGAACUCACGUGGCAAUUGCGCGGUUGGGCCAACAAUGGCCGUCUGGUCAAGGAUAUCGAUGUCGCAUUGCAGCAUAAUUUGGGUUUGGGCGGUGCCGUCGUCGUCACCGUCUAUAAGCGCGCUGAUGGCAGAAAGAACACAGACGGUACACUUAGCAAAGCCGAGAUCGCAAAGAAGAGCGGCCUGGGAUAUAAUCCUGCCGUCGAGGCACGGAUCGUCAGUCGUGAACAAGCUGAGAGGGUGAGAAGUACCGUUGGAAAAUGCGAUUAUGCCCUCGGUGAGACGGCGGAGAAGUUGGCUGCCAGAUUGUAG